CUAUCAGUUAAACUUUCUAUGACCAGUUCCCUCGCUUAUUCUACGCCUCAUUGAAAUCUCAAAACAUCUCAAGUAAUUUAUGUGAACUACUUAACAUAAAUAUUAAUUUUGUUUUAUUACAAAAUUCUAAAAAAAUGUACUUGAUGCAGAAAAUUUGGCUAGUAUUAGUACUUUUACGAUACUUUUUGACCGUGGCUGAAUGUCAAAAAUCUUUAGAGAAAACGGAAGAAAUUUUUAAGCGUCUGGGACCAAAAACUUUGUUGACAACAUUUACAAAGACUGAAAAGGUCUACAAAUAUGCCAAAGAAACGUGUCAAGGACAAUUACUGGUGUAUGCAAAUAGCAUUAGAAAAGGAGAAACAUGGGCUCUUAAAAUGCUGGAUUCUUCUUCAAAGAUCCCGUCUGGGAUUUUGACAGGCAAUAUUAUCGAUUUGGGAAUGUUUGACGAAUGCAUGUCAGUUCAGGCAACAAAAGGAAGUAUACAAAUUCAUGGCCGACACUGCAUGUAUUUAAUAACUUUUUUGUACCAGAACAGUUCAAUUCCUGUUCAACCAGCUAUAUCAAUUUGCGUUCCAUCAGCAUGUGCUGCAAAUGAUAUAGAAACAUUUCUUAAUAAAACGAUACGUGAUAUUAAGUUUAUAGACGAUUUGGGAAUUACUGAAGUAACUGCAACUUGCUCAAGUGUUGGUCCUCAAAUAUGGUCAACGGGAAGCAUCGUGUCAGUGACCAUAGUCUCUAUCUUUGUGAUUUUCUUAACAUUUUGCACGUUUCUGGAUAUACUCCAAAGAAGCAAAUCACUUCCACCUGCAGUUACGAGCAACAUGGCAGAAUUUUCAUUAUACAAAAAUGCACAAAAAAUCUUUAAUACAACUGUGAAUUCGAAUUCUUUGACUCCACUGUUUGGUAUUCGAUGUUUGAGUAUAUGUUGGAUUGUUCUCGGUCAUCAGUAUCUUACAAGCAUCAUGAGCGUUAACGUUAACAGCAUUGAUAUAGUUGAUUGGAUUACAUCCUGGAAGUCUUUGUACAUUUUUACGGCGCCUUUUGCUGUGGAUACGUUCUUUAUGCUCAGUGGACUCUUAGUGACCUAUAUGUUUCUAAAAGAAAUGUCUACAGGAAGGAAGUUUAACAUUUUUUCGUUCUAUUUUCACCGUUAUGUAAGAUUAACACCACCAAUUGCAGCACUCCUUAUCAUUUCAAUCUUUAUCAUUCCUUAUAUGGGAUCCGGACCAAGAUGGGAGGAAUUUAUAAGUCUCAAUUACUCCGAUAAGUGUAAAGAAAAAUGGUGGUCUUUUUUACUGUACACGAAUAAUUACAUUCAAAACGACAAUUCAUGCUUGGCUCAUUUAUGGUACCUCGCCAUUGACAUGCAGUUUUUCCUGAUAUCGCCACUUAUAUUGUACCCUCUAAGCAAGAAACCAAAACUGGGAUUGGCAAUUUGGAGUUUAUUGUUCGUCUCUCAAAUCGCAACACCUGCUGCACUUAUAGCAAUAAACAAGUAUACGUCUAUGGUGUUCGAACUAGGCGAGAACAUGGAGAAAACGAUGUCCAUGUUUCAAAACUUAUACAUCAUGGCUUACGCAAGAGGUGGUAGUUGGCUCGUUGGUGUCAUGUUCGGAUAUAUUAUAGUUACAAAACGUUCAGAGUUCGACAAGAAAACUAUUUAUAUUGGAUGGAUUUGUUCUCUCGCUUCUUUGACGUUUUGCACAUUUGGGGUAAGGACUUUCCAGCAGAAGGAUUACGUUUACAACACCAUUUGGGAAGCAGUUUUUGGAUCCCUCUCUCGACCGCUAUGGGCCGCAAGUGUAGGUUGGAUCAUUUUAGCUUGCGUUUUCGGUUAUGGUGGUCCCGUAAACACAUUUUUGUCGCAUCCGAUCUUCAUUCCACUAAGCAGAGUUUCCUAUUGUGUCUACUUGCUCCAUUUCGUGAUUCAGUCAAUGAAAGUAUUUGCAAUAAGGACACCAUAUUAUUUCAGUGACUUUCGGGUGUUUAACCUCUUCUUGGAUAGUCUGACUGUUUCCAUUGUGAUAGCCUUCUUCUGGAGUUUAGUUUUUGAAGCUCCAUUUUUGACAUUAGAAAAAAUUAUUUUUAGAAGACAAAAAGUGAGCGACGGACAAUCAAGGGAGUUACUUCAAGAAGCAGAUGAGGAGUAAUAAGUAUAGUGUAGCGAAAGUAGUCCUAGAUAUUUAUAAAAAUUGACUUGUUUUUUCUUUUUUAUCAAAGCUAUUGAAGUCAAUGAUGCACACACACACACACACACACACA